AUGACUGACCCUCUUUCCGUCACCGGGUUGGCCUUGGCCGUCGUAUCACUAGGCCUUCAAGUCACUGGGGGCAUCACAGAUUACCUUGACUCGCUGAAAUCUCGCGACCAAGACAUCUCCUCCAUAAUACAGCAGAACGACGCGCUGAGGAAGACGCUUCGAAUCAUCGAAUCGUCAAUCUCCCGGUUUCAGAGUGACCAUAGAACAGCGACCGAGGCUUUGCGACAAUUUUUAGACUCAUGCAACGAGGAACUGAAGGCUUUGGAGAGUAUGAACGCUGCGCUCAUUACGGACGAUCAAGGUACAACGGGUCGAAGGACCAAAGCUCGGAACAAGGGCAAAAAGCUGUUAUAUCCGUUCCAUCGCCCAAAGCUCGAGCAAAUGGCGACCAAAUUACAUCACAUCAAUGCAACCCUCCAGUUGGGAUUGCAAAGUCUAGGCCUCGAUCUUCUGGUGGUGAGGUCUGAGGUCUCCGCCAUCAGCACUCCUAUCCAAGGCAUACAAAGCACCGUAUCCCAAUUUGAGACCCGCUUUGACGGUCUUGAGAACCUGCUUCAACAGCUCCUGGUCCAAGGCUCUACCAUCAACGGAACGCUGCAAGAAAUCACUCCUGUGAUGGUGACUGAACGGCUUCUCAGGAAGCCAGCAGUAUUACAAGAAAUGUGUGAUACUGUCAAAACUCAAGAGGGAUUCUACCAUGUGGCCGAAGUUAUAGGUUCUCACUAUAAUAGCGAUAGCCUGUGGCGAAUACGGAGAAACCUUGACCACUCCAGCCCGUUAAUUGAUCUUUUCGAAUAUUUGAUCAUGAACAAGGCCCCAGCGAUGGACUACAAUACAGACGGCCGAACGCCUCUCAGUAUACUGUUUACGUACGGUGGUGUAUAUGGCAAUGUCGAUCACCCACAGUAUGCUGCAUCUACAAAUCUCAUACUGCGAUCAAACAACGAGGAUGCAUUAGCUCAUCUAUCAAGUGCAGAUCCAGCAAGCCCAGCGAUGAUUGUCAAUGAGUUGGGACAGGAAAUCGUGGCACAAGGUGAAGCGGUCCAGUUAUACUUCCUAUCUCACUCAACCGAAAUCGCUAGAGGUCGGUAUACAUAUACUUCUUAUGGCUGUGGACCACUGAGUCUAGCUAUUCUGUCGAAUAACCUGGCAGAAGUCAAAUCUUUAAUAGCAAACCAUCCCGGCGCCCUAUCCGAGCGAACUCUCUUCGGGCAGACUCCCCUCCAUUUGGCUGCAAACAAGGCCUCGAUUCUCCAAGUUCUGGUGGAUGCUGCAGACACAGGCCUCCUCAACCAGAGAGAUCUAUCGGGUCGUUCUGCCUUAGAAGUUGCUGUCUCCCUAAGUGGAUUGAAAUGCAGAGAAAGUAGCCGGAUGUGUAAGCGUUGCACAUGCGCCGAAUGCGCUCUUGUUCUCCUCGAAGCUGAUUGCGCUGUUGUGACACCAUGGGGGCUACAGACUCUACUCGAUUCCGCUUCCAAAAGGUGCAAGCAGAGCUACGUGCGUCAUAUGAAGGACCGCCGGGAUCGACUGAAGCAGCUUGCUACAGAUAGUCUAUCCACAAUGGAUAUACAACAUAUAGGGUUAGACUCGGAAAGCGCUCUCGAUUCUAAUGCCUUCGAAGUCUCUUUGCUCUUGCAAGCGAACAAUAUCGAGAUCCCUGCAGCCCUUGGCAUUUUGGAAAACGAAUCGUUCCCAGAUCAAGGAACCAUCUACCAACAACUUGAUCUACCCGAAGAUGCCGAUCUAUUUUUUAGAGUUGGUUUCCGAGACACCCGGUCAUGGCACUCCGAGGCUCAAAUGGAGCCUUGGCAUACGCCUCCGUGGCCAGACCUCUCAUAUCUUCAUUGGUUGGCCAGCCACGGCGGCAUCACCUGUCAACUCCCCCUAUCCUCAUCAAGUGAUAUCCAUGGGGUUCGUCUUAUAUUCGCGACCUUGGGCCAUUACAUUGCAGAGUCCGAGAAGCGUAAUCUACCGUUGCCAGGAGCGGGACGCUCAGUGGAAUCCAAUAUAGGCUGGCUCCACGAAACCCAUGUGGCGGUAUUUACGGCUGGUAUUCCGGAUGAAUGCGUUUGCCUUUGCUCUACCGGGGGCUGCUGUCUAAUGAAGUUCUUAUUACAAGGGCUAUUACCCAACUUUGGAGUUGAACCUUGGCAAUAUCAAAUUCCAGAACCCAGUUUUUUAAGAAACACUGCCGACUUAGGGAAGCACGCAUUCGAUGGCAAUGAGCCCUUGGAACGCACUAUCCUAUUUGAAAAGUCUCUAUUGAACCUGAUUCAUAGCUUUAUCACAUAUCUCAAGCACUUCUCAUGCUAUCUUGGGGAAAGCCAUCACUAUAAGGCUCUUCGGUACAUCACUUUCACCGCUUUAGGACUUCGGCAUUCUUGUUGUGCCGUGGAUCAUGAUGGUAGCGAGGAUGGGCCUGAAGAUGAUCAAUGGCAUACGUUGGCGCUGCUAGAAGAUCUCUUGCAUGAGUUCGAAGCAAGCUUGACUGCCAUCCUUCAAGAUCCAACCAAAUGGGUUCGUGAUAUUAUCAACUUCUGGCAGCGGACUUGGGCUGGACGAAUGAGUGGCGUUCUAUGUCACCUUGAAGGUAGCGACUUAUCAAUGGAUGAAAAGCUCGCAGCUGAGGAGAUCGGAGUGGUAUGGAAUAAAGUAGGACCUGAAAUACCUGGAGAGACAGAGACACCCCGUUAUGGAUCGGCCAUAGAAUAUUGGUUGUCUGAGCUGAGAAAGAUUGAAGAGGAAUGCGAAUAA